AGUGUGAGACGCAUCAUACAACAUGUCCCAUGAAGACGGAUUACCAGAUAACUCCAGCUGUCCCUUUCAGCAUGAGCCUCGCGUAGCGCCCAACCUAGCCGAGUUAGAAUUGAACGGGGGUGAGGGGACGACGUGGCACAACAAAGAGACUGUGGACCAUCCCAUGCAGGAAAAAGUCAGACUAAAAACCGACUAUCCCAGCCAGGAUCCUCGCCUCUCAAAUAUUGCUGUCGCGUCCAAUAUACCCAAAGGCGGGUCCGAUGGCCAACAGUAUUGGCAAUAUCCUUCUCCGCAGCGUUUUUUUAAUGCUAUGAAAAGAAAAGGGCAUGACCCUCGAGUCGAGGAUAUGCAGGCCAUCGUGGGUAUCCACAAUACGGUAAAUGAGAAAUGCUGGCGCGAGGUCAUGGAAUACGAAAAGUACCAUUUAAAAGAAUGCCCGUUGCCCAAGCUAUUGAGAUUUCAAGGAAAGGCAGAAAGUUAUUCGCCAAAAGCUAGACUGAGAAGCUGGAUGGGAUAUGUCCUUCCAUUCGACCGUCAUGACUGGAUAAUUGAUCGAUGUGGAAAGGAACAAAGAUAUAUUAUAGACUUUUAUCAAGGCAGCACAAAGGACACUCAGGGGAGACCCUCUAUCUACGUAGAUGUUCGUCCAGAUUUGAGCUUCAGUGGCGCUAUUGACCGGGUUCGCCACGCCUUAGAUCAGUAAGAUUGUUCAUAAGUUUUGU